AUGGACCAACAAUUUCUAGGUUUCAUUGAUUUUGAGAAUGAACAUGGGUUCAGUGUUCAGGUGGGAGUCAAAUAUGAAUGGAAACCUGUGAGUUGUAGUCAUUGUUCGGGCUUAGGCCAUACAACCGAGAAAUGUAGGAAGAAUACCAAGGGAAAGCAGGAAUGGGUUGUGAAGGAAGAUAAAAGGUUGAAACAAAAGACUAUAGAUGAAGGUGGGUUUAUGGACGUGACAAAGGGCUAUAAAGUUGCAGAUACUGCUGCUACCAAAGAAACCUUAAAGGUUGAUUAUGCCUUUCAGGGCCUGGAGCAAGAAGAACAGCAAGAUAGUGAAUUGGGGAUGAUUAGGGACCAGCCAAAUGAGAGAUGGUGUUUCUCUUCCAACAUUGCUUGGCAUGCGGGAAGAAAGAUUGUUAUAGCUUGGAAUCUUUUGAGAUUCAUAGUGGAUAUUAUUAGAUGCACAAGUCAAGUUAUGCAUCUAAGAAUUGUGACUGCUGAUGGUAUUUUUGAUAGCUAUUUGACUGUAGUUUAUGCUUCAAAUAGCCGAAUUGAGAGAAGAGAACUGUGGAGAGAUGUGUGUGAGUUGGCUCCAAUUGGGAAGUGGUGUCUAAUGGGAGACUUUAAUGAGAUUCUCUCCAAGGAAGAGAGAAUUGGACACAGGCAUGGGGAAGAUCGAAUCUACUUUAAGAUUGAUAGGAUCUUAGCUAACCAGUCAUGGCUAAAUGCUUAUGAGAAUGCCGAGGCUACAUUUCUUAAUGAAGAAUUAUUUGACCAUUCUCCUAAGGUUCUUACUUUGUAUCCCCAUUUGAAUGGUGGAAUCAAACCCUUUAAAUACUUUAGAAUGUGGAAAUCUCAUUCUAAAUAUGAUAGGAGGUUGGAAGAGAUAUGGAAGCAAUCUAUAGGGGGUUCAAAAAUGUUCCAGGUGGUCUCGAGAAUGAAAUUAUUCAAAGCGGUUCUGAAGGACAUUAACAAGGAGGGAUAUAUGGACUUACAGGCUUUUACAGCUAUGGCUAAAGCUAACUUAGACAACAUUCAGACUAGAUUACAGCAAAAUCCUUUGGAUUUUGAGCUGCAUAAUGAAGAGAAGGUGGCUUGGGAAAGAUAUGUAAAGGUUCAGCAAGAUUAUGUUUCUUUUCUGAGAUAA